UUCACGGCAUAUUUGUUCCUCUGGUCUGGUUGACGGCACACUGCAGCUUGGUACUUGGCCCCGUCGCCGGAUGAGCUUUGUUUGAUGGCCCCAGCGCCGUUGCCCUGACACUUGCAAAAGUGGAUCCUCAGAUCAGUGCAGGGGUCCUUGGUCCUGCUGGACACAAACAUUUACACGGAGGGAAAUGAGUCUCGCACCAUCAUGCGUGCGGCCUCUCGGGAUCGGUGCAAAACACAAAGCACACGUGCAGUUAUAACCAGCUGUUGGGGACGGACAGCCUUCUUUCUCGUCUUGCUCCUCUCCACCCGCUCGAUUCGUCCGUCUGUCUCGACCUCGACCGCGAUUCUGCACGUCAACUGGCCUGCUCCACCCCUUACCCAGUAAUACCCACGCAUCUCCCCUUUACCGCAUCGUCGGCUCCACCCCACCUUGCCCGCCCAUCCACUGUCCUUCAUUUCGAACCUUGGGGCUGGUCAGGCAGUCUCGCAGUCAGGCCAACGCCAAAGCCAAAACAGACGGCCCGCUGACAGCGCGGGCAGCCUCGAGCCCUCGAGCCCUCGACAGACAGGCCACAGACAGGCCUGCCGGAGAUUGCCACGUUAUUGGAAGCCGGUCGAGCUCAUAUACCCCCCCAUGCUUCCACGCUCACCCCGACAGCCCGAGCAGCGUCCACGGAUUUCCCAGGCAUUACCACAGGCACACAGCUCAACGACGACCCCUCGCCAGCCCGGCUGCCCGGUUGACUGGCCUUACCGCUUCCACUCUGCAGCCCGGGAGAUUUCCCUGGCUCAAGCUGCCUAGCCCCCGGGGCUUCAGGAACAAGGGUCAGGCGAGGCGACACCACCACCCAAUGGUUGCGGCUUGGCUGGGGAUUGACCUGGCCAACCCGGUGCCCCUGAGUCUGGAACAAACCUUCAAUUCUUGCCCAUGACCGCUCCUCUGUUUGCAAUUUGCUUUCUGACUGCCGCUUCCCACGCUCUUUUGCACGACCAGCGCUUGAGCCGUAUUGAGUACAAGGCUUUUGUCCACAGGCAACGCAUAGGCAACGCCCACCGGCGCCCUCAUCGCGCUCCGUCCAGUCAUUUGGUUAAGAUUAUCACCACCAGGAGGCGCAGAGCCCGCCCCAUCCCGCACGUGUCACCCUCCUCUUCAGCCCACACUCUCUGCCAGCUGCCUCUUAAGAGGUCUUGGGCCACUGUCCGUCGCGUGUCACGGGCCAACAUGGACGACAUGACGCCCAACCGAGUCGUUCACUCCAGAACUCUGUCCGGCCACAAGAGACAGAGCUCGAGGGCUUCGGUACCAGAAACGAUGCCGCCGCCGCCGCCGCCAGCAGAUGAUGCCCUGUGGUCACCCGCAUCCUCAUUCGGCGCGCGAUCUACACGCUCCCUGUCCACCACCUCUCGGAACUCAAACAGACUCUCAUUGACCUUGCCAAUCGCACCGCCAUCAAACUACCCGUCACGUCCAACGCCCAUCAACACCAACGCCCCGUCCUUCCCCCCAACCCCGAGGGACACUCCUGUUGUUCGGUCCCCAACAGACGCCAAUGACUUCAUCCAUGCCAUUGCUGCUCAGGAGAGGCGUGUGUUGGAAAUCCGCGAAGAGCUGAAAAAUGCAGAGGCGGAAUUGACACGACUCAAGAAGCAGUGGGGCGCCUUCGACUCGGUCAGAAAACGCAACGCCAUGGUCAAUGGGGAACCGUUGCGGCCGGCCCAGUCCGUCCACAACUCUCCCGCUGCUGAUGAUGUCGAGGCCACCCGGCGGAGUAUCGAGCUGGACCGCAGGAGGACCAUGAUGAUGAACCAGCAGCUCAGCAAGGAGGGCACGCCCAACUCGGGGAGACGACGCGUCAUCCGUGGCGGGCAUACUCGGGCUCUGUCGCUCCUUUCUCCCACGAAGCCGCAGGAAUUCCAUCUACUCGACCUUGACGACCCUCUAGGCCCCCAUAAGACGCCAGUCAAGAACUCCGAACCUCACCUCCAACACCUCGGCCGCUCUUCACCAAUCACCGUGGCUCAACUGAACAAGCGCUCCUCUUGGCAGCCUCGCUCCGCGAGCCCUAAUUCCAACAACGGCGUGAAGCAGAUGGCGGAGGACUUCAAGGCUGGCCUGUGGACUUUCGUGGAUGAUCUACGCCAGGUCGCUGUUGGGGACGAGCCCAUCAACGGCGGAGGGAUCCAGCGCAGAGGUUCCAACAGGAUGAGUGACGGCGACAAGGACGGUGACACGAUCCGAGCGUCCGUCACCUCCGCGCGUCCUCGCCUGAGCAGCACAUUCAGCGACCUGACUCCCACCCCGACCUCGAGAUUCACGGACCCCUUGAAGGAAUCGGACACGGCCAACCUGGGACGUCCUAGACGGACCAACUCCAAGCGGACGAAGCACUUUUCAUGGACCCCCCUCAGCGUCGACUCGUUCGACGACAGCGACUGGUCGAACUGGGACAGCCCUGUGUCUUCAUCCCCCCGGUGGAGCGGCACCACCGUUAACGGUGACUUGAUCACGCCAAUCCCUGAGAAGGGCGACGAAAACGACCCGCCACUCAAGAACGAGACCGCGGCAUCGAGCGACUGCGAGCCUCCCCUCUCCCCUUCGCCAUCAGCACUGAAGCUGGAGGAGUUGUCGUUGAAUGUUAUCAACAAGCUGCGGAGCCUUGGGGAGCCUGUGACCCCGCUCAAGAACAAGGCGUGUUAAGAGUUGGUGACUACUUGAAUAAGAAGGUGGCGCGGAGGAUGAGACGAAGCCUGCAAGGAGGAACGGUCCCGGUGUCUCGCUCUGUCGACGGUGGUGAGACAUUGCAAAGAAGACCCGCCAAUCACCCAGUGACGCCACCAAAGAGCCCACGCAGUCAUUUUACAAAUCGUCUCGAAUCGUACAAAUGCUGGAAUGGCCCAGCAGGCGCGUCCUCAGGUCAAGGACGUAAAAUAUCUCGGGAAGCACGGACAACCACGCACCGCCUUAGAGACGCAUCUUGUACAACGCUAUGCGAAUAAGGAACAUAGGAUAGAGCGUCGAAAGUGAAACCAAGUGUUUCGGGGCUGUACAUACCGGAGGAUCACUACAACCCUGGCCCUAGAGCUCUGGACAUGUUGGGGCGAACGAGCACCGUUGCAAACUCGAAAGGGCAGCUCAAAAUGCGGCCAAAACUUGGAAUGGGCGGGGAACGGUGCGUCAGUAUUGUAUAAUGAUAAUGACCCAUCAUGAAGGAAAUGAGAAGAACAAUAAAUGUAUUAGCAUAGUGUAAAUCAAUAAGGAAUUGCUCCAUG